AUGGGCGAUACACUGUCCGGCAUCAAAACACUCGUCAUCCCCGCCGUCAUCUCCCUCAUCCUCUUCCUCGUCCUCACCUUCGUCGUCGUCCCCGUCUGGCGCCGCUACCGCAGCCGCUACAGCCAGUACCUCCCCAUCGACGCAAUCUCCGAGCACACAACCUCCCUGCGCUACCGCAUCACCGGCCGCCUCCUGCGCAUCGCCAGCCUCCCCUUCACAUGGCGCCGCGACAGGCAACAGGUCGCCUCGGGCGCCGCCGGCGGGCUCACGGACCGCGAUCUCGAGGAGGGCGAGGAGCUCGAGGACAUUGACGACGACAUCCGCCAGGUGCUCGAGGCCAUCGCCCGGUCCCGGCGGCCGGAUAACACGAGGCGGCUCAGUCGGGAGUAA